AUGGUGUUACUUCCAAAGGCUAGAAUUGAUUGGAAGAAUCUUAGAUUCUUGGAUUAUAAGUCGGUGGAUGAGUACAAUUCAAUCUUAUUUAAGACGGUCUCGAUGCUGAGACUUUAUGGUGAAGUAGUAACCGAAGAAGAGUUACUUGAGAAGACUUACUCUACAUUUCAUUCAUCGAAUGUGAUACUGCAACAGCAGUACAGAAUGAAAGGCUUCACCACAUAUACUGAUCUGAUCUCGUGCCUACUUCUGGCCGAGACAAACAAUGAGCUCCUGAUGAAGAACAGUGAAGCUAGACCUGUUGGAACAACACCAUUACCGGAAGCUAAUGAGGUUGAAAAGAAAGAACCCAACGAGUGCAAUUACGUCCAAAACAAUAAGAGAUCACACGGCAAUGGCCGUGGUGGUUACAAGGGGCGUGGCAGUGACAAUUGCUCAAACAGCCGAGACAACUACUCGACCGGCCGGAAAGGAAACCACAAUAACUGUGGUCGUGGUUCCAAUUAUGGCCGUUGCCGAGAAAGUCUAAAGAACAAGAACCCGAAGGCUCACAUGGUUCAUGAUUCUGGAUAUGAGGCCGAUAAUGAUUCCGACAUUGCUAAAGAUGUCCAGAUGAACUUUGAGACUUCUGAUUGUCUCAAGGACUAA